UAGACUUUGCAGCGUCUUCUGCGCAGCCUCUUGCCAUUGAUCUGAGGCCGCCAAUCAACAGCUUCAUUCCAUCCCUAUCUUUUGAAACAGAGUUAGUAAACAGUGCUUUGACUCUCUGCCAGAUGGUUGUGUGGCUUUGAUUCACCAGUGUUUGUCCAGCGGUCUGAACAGAGGGGUCAUUGAAAUGCAUAGAAAACAGCACUUGGAACUCCUCCUGCUGAGCUGACGCCUGGAUUCAACCGAUUGUUGCAAAGGGGAAAGGAGCUGCUAGUGUCCCAAGCCUCAGUGCCUGUUGACCAUUAACCAAGACCCCAAACUGAUCCACUGGGCUUUAGCUCACACACCCGUUCAUCUACUACAACCACGAAGGACCCAACAGGGAAGAUGGUUACUGACCCAAGGAGAUGUCCUGCCUUAACGAUCAUGGUACGACUGCUUUUCAUCUUUGUUGGUGCAGGGUCUGAAAAUAUUACAAGAAGCCAAGCAUGCACCGAUUUCCAGUCUGCAAGCUUAUUGCGCGGCAGCAGUCUCAAAGUUCAGUUUCUCCUGUUCUCCUCUUCCAACCCCAGCUGUGGACAGCUGCUCUCCACACGGGAGGACCUGCAGAACUCCAGUUUCAAUGCCACCUUGGGAACCAAAGUAAUAAUCCAUGGUUUCAGGGUCCUGGGGACAAAGCCCUCCUGGAUAGACGGGCUGAUUAAGGCCUUGCUGCAGGCCACCCAAGCCAACGUGAUUGCUGUCGACUGGGUCCACGGCAGCACAGCAGCCUAUUAUGCCGCAGUGGAAAAUGUGAUGAAGUUGGCACUAGAAAUAGCCAAUUUUAUUCGCAAGUUGCUGGACUUGGGAGUGCCUGAGAAAUCCAUCCACCUUAUUGGGGUGAGCCUUGGAGCCCAUGCCGGGGGUUUGGUAGGCCAUUUCUUUGAAGGCCGACUGGGAAGGAUUACUGGUCUGGAUCCUGCAGGGCCCAAGUAUACCAAGGCCAGCCGCGAAGAGCGCCUAGAUCCGGGAGAUGCUGUCUUUGUGGAAGCCAUUCACACGGAUGCAGACAAUUUUGGUAUCCGGAUACCUGUUGGCCACAUUGAUUACUAUGUCAAUGGUGGCAGAGAUCAGCCUGGAUGUCCCCGUUUUAUAUCAUCUGGCUAUAACUACCUGAUCUGCGACCAUAUGAGAUCGGUGCAUUUCUACAUCAGCGCCUUGACUGACCCCUGCCCCAUGAUGGCUUUCCCUUGCACGAGUUACAAGGAUUUCUUAACUGGCCACUGCUUGGACUGUUUUAACCCUUUCCCCCUCUCCUGCCCAACAAUAGGACUGCUAGACAAUGGAGGAGUCCAUGUGGGGAAACUAUCGACAGAGGUAAAGGUUUACCUGACCACAGCUGCAUCAGCACCAUACUGUGUGUAUCAUAGCCUGGUAGAAUUUCGCCUGCAGACGAGGAGGACUUCGGACACCAACAUUGAGAUCGCCUUUCUCAGCAGCAACUCCUCAUUCAGCACCAGCAUCACCAUGAGGCUUGUCAUCUGACUCCUUUGUUCUUUCUGCCACAAGAGAGAAGAGCUCUUCAGCUGCCAGCCUUGCAGGCUUGUUUACUAUGCUAAACCUGACAGAGCAAAAAGAUUGUGGAGCAACUUCUCUUAUUUUACCGAAAGGGAAGGUGAUGGGACUUCCCAAACAUGCUAGGAAAUAAUCUUGGGCAAUUUGACCCUCUUUUUGCACCCGGGAGGAAACCUUGCUACUCCCCCACCUCCCUUUUUUUUUUUUUACUCUUCCCUUUUGUAAAGCUUAGGAAACUCUAAACAGUCAAAGAAAGAGGAAGGGACACGCAAAUACAUACAAAGAAAUAAACCAACAAAUGGGUUCUGAGGGAAAUGUAAUGGUGAAGGUGCACCCAGGAAGGACGUGAAGAGGUGCAGGGAUUAACCUCCCAGAAUCUCAUUGCAUGUGCAAAAGACUACACACCCAUCAAAGGACUGGGAAGUAGAAAUCUAGGGCAUACACACUGGUAGAGUUUAUGCUACUAUUUCCUAGUGGGCUCGGGGGGGGGCGUAAAUCAGGCAUGUCCACAGCCCUUUUUGGGGGCCUAAUCCAGCCCACCAGCGGGUUCAGUCCGGCCCCUGUGGUCGGCCCUCACACAUGUUCACUUCAUCAAAUCUGGCCCUCUUUGAAAAAAGUUUGGGCACCCCUGGGGCAAAUGGAAUGGGGGGGAAACAUGGAACAACAGCUGGGCAAACAUGAGCUGUUUACAGAAGGCUGGUAAUAUUGUGUGGACACUGAGGUCCAGCUCCGAGGGCCUUCUGGCGGUUCCUUCAAUCGGUGCAAGAAGUGAAGCUACAGGGAACUAGGCAGAGGGCCUUCUCGGUGGUGGCACCCGCCCUGUAGAAUGCCCUCCCAUCAGAUGUUAAAGAAAUAAACAACCAUCUGAUGUUUAGAAGACAUCUGAAGGCAACCCUGUUUAGGGAAGUUUUUAAAGUUUGAUCUUGUCAUGUUUUUAAUAUUCUG